AUGCCCGGCUCGUCACUUUGGCUCAUCGCCGGCAAAGACGAUGAGCCAUUCAACAAAUCCCUGAAGGAACUGAUCGGUAGCACCCUACCAUCCAACUUCCCACACGCGCCUAAGCGCAAUUUCAUCCCACACGUGACGAUCACCUCGGAUAUUGAUCCUUCAAAGACAUACGCAUCAUCCUCGUCGCCGCAGGAGUGGCUGGACGGCCUUUCUCUGCCCGAGUUCAAAAAGGAGUCGAACGAGGUCAACGUCGAGCUCGAGCAACUCGAAGCCGGAGAGCCCUUCUUCAAGAAGGUGACCCUUCGCGCCGCCAAAGAUGCCAACUUGCUCAAACUGGCCGCGGCGUGCAGACAGCAGGGACUUGUGUUGUCCGAGGGCGACGCCAAGAGUUGGGCGGAGAAUGAUUAUCUCCCGCACUUGAGCCUGUUCUACGGCGACAUCCCCCAGAGCGAGGUGCAGAAGAAGAUUGGUUUGAUCGAGCUGCAGCUGGGCUUUGAGUUUGGGAGUCUCUUCGAUUGCUGCGGUGGCACCUUGGCCAUGGGCGCGAAGCUCGUGCUCGUGGAUACCAGCAAAUCAAUCGAGGACUGGACACCGAUUGCGGAAAGAGACUGUCCCUGGGUGAUGUGGAAGAUGGCCAAAGGUCUCCUGUAA